CUCACCAAAUUUUCCAUCCAUUGAAUCCCCACAUUUCCCUCUUGUCUCUUUACCUCCUUUUACCCUCUUCCUAGAAGGGCAAAACUCAGAAAAAAGAAAGAGAAUCACAUCAAAUGUAUGUAAAUUAUUAACAUGAUGAAGCAGCCUAAAAAUCACUACUCUCCUCCACUUUGAUGAAAGGUCGUAAGAAAUAUAAUAGUGGUGGCAUUUCAUGGAGCACGUUCUUCUGGUGCACCCUCAUUGUUGUUAUCUUUUCCGUCCUCUUCACCACCUUCACUUUCUCCUCCAUUCGUCGCUUCUAUUUCCCAGAAUCAUUUUCCCAUAAAACAAGCUCAAUAUGGAGAAAUUCAAUCAUGCAAGCAAAACACGAGAACUCUCCCACAUUACGAGAUAUAGUUAUGCUUCCAGAUCAAGUUUUAAUUUUCCUAAAUUACCCUUCAUCAUUGUUUCAUCACUUUCAUUCCCAACACGAAAUCCAAUGCGUUUAUUUUCUUGUUAACUCAUCCAAGACUCGAUUUACCCACACUCCAAUCGAAGUCAAUGUGAUUCAACCCUAUGAACAAAUCAUAAGGUGCCCAAUGCAUCCACAUGGCUACACAAUAUCGGUGGCAACAAAAUCAAAGGAUCCAAUUCCGACUAAAGAUUUGUUCAUCCAUAACUGGGAAACGCUAGUGUAUGAAGCCCUCUAUGAUCGUGACUACACCACCAUCGUCUUUGUGAAAGGCCUCAAUCUUCGUCCCGAGCGACUCGCUGAAGCAUCCAAAUUCCAAUGCGUGUUUGGUUAUGAUUUCAAGAAUCCCAAAUUCAUACUAUCAUCAGAGGCUGUAUCUGUUGCUCAAGAGAUUGUUCGAUGUAGAACACCCAUGAGCAUUUUGAGUGGACAAGCCCAAGCCCAAGCCCAAGCCCAUGCUAUCAAAGUUUCAAUUAAAAUUAACGGUGGGGAAAUCUUCCCCUCCAUAGCGAAGCCAUCCCUUGAACCAUAUCAAAAUUUUCCAAAACAAAAAGCUCAUAAGAUAUGCCUAUGCACUAUGUUGCGCAACCAAGCGCGAUUCUUGAAAGAGUGGGUGAUGUACCAUGGUAAAGUUGGGAUUCAACGUUGGUUCAUAUAUGAUAACAAUAGUGAUGAUGAUAUAGAGAAAGUGAUUGGGAUUCUACAGAGCAUUGGAUACAACAUCACAAGACACUUGUGGCCUUGGGUGAAGACGCAAGAAGCUGGUUUUGCACAUUGUGCAUUGCGAGCUCGGUCAUCGUGUGAGUGGGUUGGGUUCAUCGAUGUGGAUGAGUUUUUCAAUAUAAGGGGAGGAGGAACCUUGAACAAAGUGAUUAAGCUCUAUUCCAAGGUUAAGAAUUUAGGUGAGAUAAGAACACGAUGCUACAGCUUUGGGCCUUCAGGGUUGAAAAAAGUCCCACGUGAAGGGGUAACGGUCGGGUACACGUGUCGAUUAUUGGGAAGUGAAAGGCAUAAGAGCAUAAUAAGGCCCGAUGCCUUGAACCAAAGCCUAAUCAAUGUGGUGCACCAUUUCCAUCUAAGAACACCAUUUGUGGCCAUUGAACUUGAGAAGGGUGUGAUGGCAAUUAACCAUUAUAAGUAUCAAGUUUGGGAAGUGUUCAAGGAGAAGUUCUAUAGAAGGGUUUCAGCAUUUGUGGCAGAUUGGCAAGAAGAGAAUAAUGUGGGGUCAAAGGAUAGGGCUCCUGGUGUAGGGACUAAAGCGGUUGAACCAAAAGACUGGUCUAACCGGUUUUGUGAGGUUAAGGAUAUGAGGCUAAGGAAUUGGGUGUUAAGAAAUUUUAGGGAUCGGCGAACCCAUCUUUUACCUUGGGAACCUGAAUUUGAACGCCAUUUUAAAAGAAGGCGAAGGAGAAACAACAUAGACCGUUUAUGAUGUCAUCACUUUCUAAAUGUAGGAGAGUAACACUUCGAAUUUUGUUUUGGCUCUAUCCUUAUCAUGGAAUCAUGUAAUGAUGAUGGAAAAUGGUGUAUAAAAGAAGAGAAAUGUUUCCUAAAAAAAAAUAACAAAAG